UCUCUCUAUAUAUAGGUUUCCAAAAAAAAAUAUUUUUACGAGAAAAGAGAUUCUCGGCAUCCAAGCGCUUCUCAGACCAGGAGGUACACUUUUGUUCUACGAAUCGGAGUAGAUCUGGAGAACGAGCAAGGAGUUUUCCACGUCGCUCGAGUGAGUUCUCCGGAUUCGGUGAUGGUGCCGUCGCCGGAGCAUCGCCGGAACUCGUCCUCCGCCUCUUCAUCUUCUUCUUCCGUGGAGAUUCCAGUGAAAAGUGAGCAAGAAAUAUGUAUCGAUGCUAAACAGAUGGAUAGUAGCAGAGAUUCCCUGGAAGCCGCUAGUGGCGAUGAUUCUCGCGCUGGAGUUGAUCGCAGUGCAAUGAAUAACGGUGGCGCCGAGUCCUCCGGCACUAUUCAUAGAAGUUACUCAGAGGUUGGAACAUCGCCUGUGGGUAUUUCAAACAUCGAAAAAUUGGAUUCGAGUCAGCGUAAACUGGAAAUUCCAAAAAGUGAAGCACAAAGGCAUCGGAACAUACUUGCUGAAGAGGCAGCUCAGAUUUUUGACAAUAAUAUACCUGCCCAACAGAAGCUUAACUUGUUGAACAGAAUAGCUACCUUGAAAGAUGAUGGGACUGUGGAGUUUGAGGUCCCUGGAGAUGUUGAGCCCCAUGCUCUUGGUGGUGGGCAGAGAGACGUAUAUACUGGAGUUGCUGAAGAAGAGUCACUUGAAACGGAACUUCAGUAUAUUCCUCCGUUGCAAAUAGUGAUGCUUAUAGUUGGCACACGUGGAGAUGUGCAGCCAUUUAUUGCGAUUGGAAAACGUCUCCAGGACUAUGGUCAUCGUGUAAGGCUGGCAACUCAUUCAAAUUUCAAAGACUUUGUGCUGACUGCCGGACUUGAGUUCUAUCCAUUAGGCGGAGAUCCUAAAGUUCUUGCUGGUUAUAUGGUUAAAAAUAAAGGCUUCUUGCCAUCAGGGCCUUCUGAGAUUCCUAUUCAGAGAAAUCAGAUAAAGGAAAUCAUCUACUCUUUGCUUCCAGCUUGCAAAGAUCCUGACCCUGAUUCUGCUAUCCCUUUUAAGGCAGAUGCAAUCAUUGCAAACCCUCCAGCAUAUGGACAUACCCAUGUGGCAGAGGCAUUGAAAGUACCAAUUCAUAUAUUUUUCACGAUGCCAUGGACGCCAACAAGUGAGUUUCCACACCCUUUGUCCCGUGUGAAGCAACCUGCUGGAUAUCGACUUUCUUAUCAAAUUGUUGAUUCAAUGAUUUGGCUCGGGAUAAGGGACAUGAUAAAUGAUCUUAGAAAGAAAAAGCUGAGGCUGCGACCAGUCACAUACUUGAGUGGUUCCCAAGGCUCUGAUUCUGAUGUUCCAUAUGGAUAUAUAUGGAGUCCUCACCUUGUUCCUAAGCCUAAAGAUUGGGGACCUAAGAUUGACGUGGUAGGCUUUUGCUUUCUUGAUCUUGCAACAAAUUAUGAACCUCCUGAAUCACUCGUAAAGUGGCUUGAAGCUGGUCCAAAGCCUAUUUAUAUUGGAUUUGGUAGCCUUCCUGUUCAAGAACCAGAAAAAAUGACCCAAAUAAUUGUCGAUGCAUUGGAACAAACUGGGCAGAGGGGUAUCAUUAAUAAAGGCUGGGGUGGCCUUGGUAGCUUGGCAGAAUCCAAGGACUCUGUUUACUUAUUGGACAACGUCCCUCAUGAUUGGCUAUUCUUGCAAUGCAUGGCUGUGGUUCACCAUGGUGGUGCCGGAACAACAGCUGCCGGUCUUAAAGCUGCGUGCCCAACGACCAUUGUGCCAUUUUUUGGUGAUCAACCUUUCUGGGGAGAUCGAGUGCAUGCUAGAGGAGUGGGACCUGCACCAAUUCCGAUUGAUGAGUUCUCACUUCCCAAGCUGAUUGAUGCAAUAAAAUUCAUGCUAAACCCAGAGGUUAAAGAGAAAGCUGUUGAACUUGCCAAGGCAAUGGAGAAUGAGGAUGGGGUGAGUGGAGCGGUAAAAGCAUUUUUUAAGCAUCUUCCUCGCAAGAAGCCAGAACUGGAGCCAUCAGUGGAGCCACCAUCUAGUCUGUUCUCCAUUAGUCGGUGUUUUGGUUGUUCGUGAAUCUGGUAUGCCUGUUUGUUUCUUCCUUUUAAGUUGUUUUAAGUUAAAUGUGUUCUGCAGCCCUUGUUGCCGUCUUAUUACCUCAGUCUAUCUAAACAUCAUGAAUUCUCAUCCCUACUUCGAGAAAUCUACUUAUUUUAACAGUUAAAGCCACAUUUUAGCGUACAACAUAAAUUUGCAUUCAUCUCAAAGGUUAAAAAAAAUAAAGAAAAAGAAAAAAAGAAAAAGCCCUUUAUUUA